GCAAAACCCUAGCCGACCCCAAGAAGACGAAGAAGAAGAAGAAGAACAUCUCCAAUCUCUCUCUCUCUCUCUCCCCUCCCUCCCUCCCUCCCUCUCUCCUUAUACAGCAAAAAUGGCUGCUACAGCUUUUAGUAAGAAGAAGGGAACAAAGUCGCAAAAACCUCCACCAAAAAAGAAGCAAAAGAAACAAGAAAAAGAAGAGCUUUUUAGUGAUUCUGAUAACACAGAUGAAGAAGUAAAACAACAUGGCCAAUUUGAUGAAGAAGAAGAAGAAGGAGAGGAAGAACAAGGAAGUGGUUCGGGUUCUGAGAUGUCUUCUGACGGGGAUGAUGCCUUGGCGGAUGAUUUUCUCCAGGGAAGUGACGAUGGAGAGGAAGGUUCUGAUUUGGAUUCUGAUUCUGAUGAGUCUGAUAUUGAGGAGAAAUCAAGAGCUAUUGAGGAAGAGAAGGCGAGAGAAGAAGAAGAAGGAGAGGCUGAAUUGCAACUCAACAUUAAAGAAGAAGCUGAUGAAUUCAGAUUGCCUACCAAAGAGGAACUUGAAGAAGAGGCACACGGACCCCCUGAUCUCCAAAAUCUCCAAAGGAGGAUAAAAGAGAUUGUGCGGGUACUUUCAAAUUUUAAGUCUUUGAGACAAGAGGGGGAAACACGAAAGAAUUAUGUUGAGCAGCUUACAUUGGAUUUAGGAUCAUACUAUGGUUACAAUGAAUUCUUGAUUGGGGUAUUGGUGGAGAUGUUUCCAGUUAAUGAACUUAUGGAACUAAUUGAAGCUUUUGAGAAGCCUCGACCUAUUUGUCUCAGAACCAACACCUUAAAGUCACGACGACGGGAUUUGGCUGGUGUUCUGUUGAACAGAGGGGUAAACUUAGACCCGUUGAGCAAGUGGUCAAAAGUUGGACUUGUUGUGUAUGACUCACAAGUUCCGAUUGGUGCCACUCCUGAAUAUAUGGCUGGUUAUUACAUGUUGCAAAGUGCAAGCUCUUUUUUGCCUGUGAUGGCCCUUGCUCCUCAAGAGAAGGAAAGGGUUGUUGAUAUGGCGGCUGCUCCUGGUGGUAAAACAACCUACGUUGCUGCUCUUAUGAAAAACAGUGGUAUAAUUUAUGCAAAUGAGAUGAAGGAGUCAAGACUCAAGUCGCUUACUGCAAAUUUACAUCGUAUGGGGGUGACAAACACUAUAGUUUGCAACUAUGACGGGAGAGAGUUGCCCAAAGUUUUGGGUCAGAACACAGCUGAUAGGGUUUUAUUAGAUGCUCCUUGCAGCGGUACAGGGGUUAUAUCUAAAGAUGAGUCUGUCAAAACCUCUAAAAACUUGGAAGAUAUACAGAAGUGUUGUCAUUUGCAGAAGGAGCUGCUACUUGCUGCCAUUGACAUGGUGGACGCAAAUUCAAAAUCCGGGGGAUACAUUGUAUACUCCACUUGCUCAAUAAUGAUUCCUGAGAAUGAAGCAGUUAUAGACUACGCUCUCAAGAAGAGGAAUGUAAAACUUGUGCCAUGUGGUCUUGACUUUGGGCGUCCUGGAUUUGUUCGGUUUAGAGAAAGCCGUUUCCAUCCCUCUUUAGAGAAGACGAGACGUUUCUAUCCCCAUGUUCACAACAUGGAUGGGUUUUUCGUGGCCAAGUUGAAGAAAAUGAGCAAUACCAAGCCAAAUCCAACAGCUUCUGAACCAUCAGCGACAGUGGAGCAAGGUCCUGAACCUGUUGAACCAUCAGCAACAGUUGAGCAAGGUCCUGAGCCAGUUGUUGAUAGCAGUGGUGCUAAGAAUGCUGAAGGAAAAUUUCAAUUGCAUUCAAAGAAAGAAAGCACUACAAAAGAAAGUGGGAAAUUGGAGAACAGUUUUCCUAAAAAUGGGAAAGAUGCAUCACCAUCCAUUACUCGAAAGAGGAAGAAAAUGAAACGCCCCUCUAGGGAGGCAAUUUGGAGAGCAAACCUUCGUGCUAAGAAUGCUGAAUUGCGUUCAAAGCAAGAAGGCACUACAGAAGAAAAUGGGAAAUUGAAGAACAGUUUUCCUAAAAAUGGGAAAGAUGCAUCCGCAUCCACCACUAUAGAGUGGAAGAAAAUGAAAAGCCGUUCGAGAGAGGAAAUUUCAAAAGAAAGGGAAGAGAAGAGGCAAGCUUUGAGGGAAGAAAAGAAAAAUCCUAGAAGGGAAACAACGCCUGCUAGGGAAAAGAAAAAAGCUACGAGGGAAACGACGCCUGCUAGGGAAAAGAAAAAAGCUACGAGGGAAACGACACCUGCUAGGGGGAAGGGUGGAAAAGUUCAGUGAUCCCAUGAAAAGCAAAUGAAGUGCAAUGGUUAACCCUAAUUGCUUUUGGCAUACCACCGGUAAAGCACCUACUUGCAAUUUGAAAGAGGUUUCGAGGGCUCUACAUAAGCUUCAUCACUGCUAUCAGAUCACGUGACCGAGGAAUGAGUUGAACACCUCGGAAGUGCGACCACGCCAUGGCUUUGGCCUUGGCUACUUAUCUUAAAUUAUCUUUUAUAACCCGUGUCGGACAUAGCGUUGGACUAACUCGCCUCCCUUUGUAGGCUUUACUGAAGCCUAAAAAGUUUUGUUUUCUUGAGUUUUCUCUAGUAUAUGCCAUGCUAUUGUUGUUAUAAUUAUAGUCAAGUUGUUUUUCCUAAAAAAUCAUAUUACUUUAUUGGUGAAUUUUAGUAUGUUCUUUUUGAAUUCCAUUUGGAAUGUUAUCAAUACGUUAAUGG